AUGCGCACCGCGCCCUUCCUGCUGGAUCUAUGCAUGCUGGGGCAGUGUCACUGGGCUGGUGCCCCACAGGCACCAGCUCGGAAUCCUGUUGAGACAAUCCUCGGCCCAUCACAUUUGCAGUGCUGGGCGCAAAGCAAGGGCUGGAUCGGUACCAGGCCACGCCAAAGGACCUUGCCAACGAGGAAGACGAGGCGUAGGCAGCAGAUCCUCCCUUCACGCGAGUGCUCCUCUGCAAGUACAGCACCCCUGCCACCACUCCUUGUAGCAGUCUGCGUGUCUGAGCAGGUUUGCCGAGGGCGUCUCUCGUAUUAUAUCCAUGUACAUGUACAAUAG